CACCACAACUCCAAUGCUCUCUCACCAGACCCACAAACAAGCUAGUGGCCCUUAUUUUCUACCAUUUUGCUGCUUGUUUGGUCAAGAAUAAGAGCCAUUCUCCUUCAGAGUUGGGCAAUCAAAACACUAGCACAACAAAAAUGGUUACUCAAGCUCUGGUUUCAUCUUCUAUUGCCUCCUCCGUGGAGGCUACUAGACAGAUUCUAGGAGGAAGGCCAGCCCUAUCUUCUACUAGGAGGGUCUCCUUUGUUGUUAGGUCAGCAGCUACUCCCCCUGUUAAGCAAGGAGAUAGACAGCUGUGGUUUGCUUCUAAGCAGAGCCUUUCUUAUUUGGAUGGCAGCUUACCCGGUGACUACGGAUUCGACCCGCUUGGGCUCUCCGACCCAGAAGGCACAGGAGGCUUCAUCGAGCCCAAAUGGUUAGCCUACGGAGAGGUCAUCAACGGCCGGUAUGCUAUGCUAGGGGCGGUCGGUGCAAUUGCACCGGAAAUCUUUGGGAAGCUCGGCCUCAUCCCACCGGAAACCGCCCUCCCUUGGUUCAAAACUGGUGUGAUUCCACCAGCCGGAACAUACGACUACUGGGCAGACCCUUACACACUAUUUGUGCUGGAAAUGGCACUGAUGGGCUUUGCAGAGCACAGGCGAUUCCAAGACUGGUACAAUCCCGGGUCCAUGGGGAAACAGUACUUUUUGGGGUUGGAGAAGUACUUGGGCGGGUCGGAUAACCCAGCUUACCCUGGUGGACCCCUCUUCAACCCACUAGGGUUCGGGAAGGACGAGAAAUCUUUGAAGGAAUUGAAGUUGAAAGAGGUCAAGAAUGGGAGGUUGGCCAUGUUGGCUAUAUUGGGUUACUUCAUACAAGGGCUGGUGACCGGGGUUGGACCCUUCCAGAAUUUACUGGAUCAUUUGGCGGAUCCCGUGAACAACAAUGUCUUGACUAGCCUCAAGUUCCAUUGAGAGAACCCAUAAUCUCUCUCUUUCUCACUCCCUCUUUUGCGAAAUCAUGUGCAGACUUUAUUUGGUGUAUCUAUGUGUAACCUGUAAAACAAAUGAAGUAUUCUGGGUUUGAGACCCUUCUAGUGUUGACAUUUCUAUUUGGUGUGAGCUUCAA